UUAACUCAUUUCUAUUCUAGAUCUACGUCUAGAUCUAGAUCUAGGUCUAGAUGUAAAUGGAUUCUUGAACAUCUGAUGUUGUGUAAUGUGCACAUAAAAAAUCCAUUAGUCAUGCUUAUAUAAGUAAAGUAGGCCUAAUUAAUUAUUGAUCUAUUUCUGCCGGCAGUAGUUUUCUUACUAACUAGAAUCUAGAUCUACUAGACUACUAGAUCUACUACUACACUACUAGGGUUAGAUCUAGUAGAGAUUCUAGAAUCUAUCUACUCUAGAAUCUAGAUCUAGAUCUAGUAUCUAUGGAUCAAAACAAGGUUGCUCUUGUUGAGGACAACUCUUGUCCACUGGGUGUGCAGCUUGUCAACACUAGAAGAACCAACAAACCAUCAGACUCAUCUGACCUUGUGGAGCUUGCCCAAGCUGUCCAAAAGGCUGAUGAAUUUACAAAAGCUGCUGCUUACAGUAAACUGAGUGUUAUCGCUGAACAAAUUCGAUUUCUUCAGGACCAAGCAAGAAAGGUCCUUGAAGAAUCCAAACAAAAUGCUUUAUUGCACCAUGCUGCAUGUAACCUUGUGAAAAGACCUGGAACAAUUUAUUACUUGUACCAGAGGGAGUCAGGCCAAAGCUAUUUCAGCAUUUUGUCACCUCAGGAAUGGGGAAAGACUUGCCCUCAUCAAUUUUUGGGGGCUUAUAGGUUGGAGUUUGACCAGACAUGGACCCCUUUUACAGUGCUGGAGCAGAAAGAUAAGGAACUGGCUUUCUUAGAUCAAGUUUUUAAUGCCCAGCAGGCCCUAGCUGCUGAUGAUAUAAUAGAGUUGAAGAAAUCCUCUAGUUUAGCACAAAUUUCAGACAGGGCUGUUGGCAAAUGUCAAGAGAGCUGAGUGGACAGUAGGUCAUGGGAUUGUGUGAUGGGGAGUGUACAGUAGGUCAUGGGUGUAGGGAUUGUGUGAUGGGGAGUAGACAGUAGGUCAUGGGUGUAGGGAUUGUGUGAUGGGGAGUGGACAGUAGGUCAUGGGUGUAGGGAUUGUGUGAUGGGGAGUGGACAGUAGGUCAUGGGUGUAGGGAUUGUGUGAUGGGGAGUGGACAGUAGGUCAUGGGUGUAGGGAUUAUGUGAUGGGGAGUGGACAGUAGGUCAUGGGUGUAGGGAUUGUGUGAUGGGGAGUGCUUGCUUCCAAUCUGGCACAUUUAACCUGUGCAACUCUGGUAUAUACAGUUUAAAAUUGUCAGUGGAGUAUACAAAUAAUAUUUGGUGUAACAUGUAUUGUGCUGUUUAUUUUUGUUCACUUCUAAAGUUGAGUAAGACAAUUACAUUUUUGUGAGAAACCUUGAUCAUGUGAUUUCAAAUGGUGCCUGCAGUUGGCAAAGCAAUGAAAUCUCAGUCUAUCAAAUUUCUCUCAUUCAUUAAUUCCAAUGCAAUCAUACAGAAUAUCAGAGGUAAUAAAGUUAACAAAAACUG